AUUUUCUUCUCUCGUCUUCAUUCGCCACACCACGAUUUCAGCACGGAGGGUUGUCACGUUCCUCAUCUGAAUCCAGCUGGGCAAAAAAGCUUGUUGCAUUAUGAAGACUUUUAUCUUUUGUCUUCUUCUUGCUGCUGUUUGUGGGGAGAACUCCAACAGCGAAGAUUUCAGCAUUAUGGACCUUGACGGUGAUGGCGUUCUGCAGCAGGACGAAUUACAGGCUAAUUUCUACAAAAUUGACAUCAACGGCAAUGGAUAUAUCAGUCUUUCGGAGUUCAUAAGUAGCUAUGCUAGUUUGUCGCAACUGGAAUUUAACAUGGGGGCCUUUAUCUACCACGACAAGCAGGACGGCAAUGAGGACGGCGUCAUCGAUCAAUCAGUUAUUCUUUCCGUUAUGCAGAUCAUGGACAUUAACGGUGACGGGGACAUUUCAAGCGAAGAGUUCGAAAUAAAUCUUCUAAAAAUUUGGAAUGGUGUUGCCAAAGAAAGCAAGUCCAUACUCAAUCCAUAAAGGAAGACAUACAUGCAAGAGUCUACAUAUAAGAUGUAAAAUCUUUCUCGAAGAUUUUAGCGACCGACAAUAAUUAAUAAUAACAUUCUUAAUGACAACCGACUGCUUUGUGGUGUUGAAAGAUGUUGAGAGGUAUCACCAAGUGAAGGCCUUAAGCUGGUUCAUGAUGGAAACGAUAGGCACAUGGCUUAAAAGUAAAUUGAAAUGUUUUAAAACAUCA